AUGGUCAGACCUCCUCUAACUGGUGGACGUGGUGGUGGGUUCAGUGGUGGACGUGGUGGAGGUGGAUUCAGUGGUGGACGUGGUGGCUCUGGUGGAUUCAGUGGUGGACGAGGUGGAGGAAGAGGAGGAGGAAGAGGUUUCGGUGGAGACCGUGGUGGACGCGGCGGUAGAGGCAUGAGAGGAGGAAGAGGAGGAGACCGUGGUGGACGCGGCGGAAGAGGAGGAGGCCGUGGAGGAAUGAAGGGAGGAAGCAAAGUGAUUGUGGAGCCACACAGACACGCAGGUGUGUUCAUUGCCAAGGGUAAAGAAGAUGCUCUUGUCACUAAGAACUUGGUUCCUGGAGAGGCAGUCUACAACGAGAAGAGAAUCUCUGUUCAGAACGAAGAUGGAACUAAGAUUGAGUACAGAGUUUGGAAUCCUUUCCGUUCAAAGUUGGCAGCUGCUAUUCUCGGUGGUGUUGACAACAUCUGGAUUAAACCUGGUGCUAAAGUUCUAUACCUUGGUGCUGCUUCUGGAACCACAGUUUCUCACGUGUCUGACCUUGUUGGACCUGAGGGAUGUGUGUACGCUGUCGAGUUUUCUCACAGAAGUGGUAGGGAUUUGGUUAACAUGGCGAAGAAGAGAACCAAUGUGAUCCCAAUCAUUGAGGAUGCUAGACACCCUGCUAAGUACAGAAUGCUUGUAGGCAUGGUUGAUGUUAUCUUCUCUGAUGUUGCCCAGCCUGAUCAGGCUAGGAUCGUUGCUUUGAAUGCAUCAUUCUUCCUUAAAACUGGAGGACACUUUGUGAUCUCAAUCAAGGCAAACUGUAUCGACUCAACGGUCCCAGCAGAAGCUGUGUUCCAGAGCGAAGUGAAGAAGCUGCAACAGGAGCAGUUCAGGCCAGCAGAGCAAGUGACCCUUGAGCCAUUCGAGCGUGACCACGCCUGUGUCGUUGGUAGCUACCGUGCCCCUAAGAAGACCAAGGCUGCUACUGCUGCUUAG